AUGCUUCUAAAUGUUAUUGGAUUCAUUGAUGAAACAAGGCAAGCAAUUGCGCAGCCAAGUGAACCCAAGGAGAUUAAGAAGACGUUUUAUAAUGGCUGGAAACACAUACAUGCCAUAAAGUUUCAAGACAUUGUCACACAUGACAGAAUUACAAGUAGCAUACUUGGUCCAUACUUUGGAGCAAAAUAUGACCAGUAUGUCAACUCUGUCUCAAAGACAGAAGAGAGACUAGAGAAAUACUUGAAGUCAGCUUCUAUUUCUGAAGCAAGCUACGCCUUGUAUGGAGUUCCAGCAUAUAUGGAAGCUGCAUGCAACAAGAGCAUGUUCAAGGUUAGAGUUGCAGCUGAAUGGGAGUUUGGUGAGAUACAAAAGUACUUUAAGUUCUGUAAGUAUAAGUAUGCAAUGAAGAUCUAA